GUGAGGGAGGCUUUACCGGGAAAGAGGGAAGAGGGUUUUGCCUAAGAUUGAAAGCUGGGAGGCCGCUGCCGGGUGGACACUGUCUCGUGCGCAGGCAGCCUGGCCUUGACCGUCUAGCCCCAAAAGCCGAAUCUCCCUAGUCCCCGUGGCGGGACCGGCUUCAUUGGGAAAGUCCUGGCCCAGCUGCUGAGAGGGAGGGGCCACGAAGUGACGUUGGUGUCCCGACAGCCGGGGCCCGGCCGGAUCACAUGGGUACGCCCUCCCUCUGGAAGUGGGUGGGGAGGCUUGGUGGGCGGAGGCGGGACCCGGGCGCACUGAGCUCUUUCUCCAACAGGAUGAGCUCGCUGCGUCGGGACUGCCCGAGUGCGAUGCAGCCGUCAACCUGGCUGGAGAGAACAUCCUCAACCCACUCCGAAGGUGGAAUGAAGCCUUCCAAAAAGAGGUUCUCAGCAGCCGCCUGGAGACCACCCAAAUGCUGGCUAAAGCCAUCAUGAAGGCCCCACAGCCCCCGCAGGCCUGGGUCUUAGUCACAGGCGUAGCUUACUACCAGCCCAGCCUGACUGCAGAGUAUGAUGAGGACAGCCCAGGAGGGGAUUUUGACUUUUUCUCCAACCUCGUAACCAAAUGGGAAACAGCAGCCAGGCUUCCUGGAGAGUCUACACGCCAGGUGGUGGUACGCUCUGGGGUUGUGCUGGGCCGUGGGGGUGGUGCCAUCAGCCACAUGUUGCUGCCCUUCCGCCUCGGCCUGGGGGGCCCCAUCGGCUCAGGCCACCAGUUCUUCCCCUGGAUUCACAUCGGGGACCUGGCAGGAAUCCUGACCCACGCCCUUGAAGCAAACCACGUGCAGGGGGUCCUUAAUGGAGUGGCCCCAGCCUCUGCCACCAAUGCUGAGUUUGCCCAAGCCUUGGGCACUGCUCUGGGCCGCCCAGCCCUCAUCCCUCUCCCCAGCACUGUGGUGCAAGCUGUCUUUGGGCGAGAGCGUGCCAUCAUGCUGCUGGAGGGCCAGAAGGUGAUACCUCGGCGGACUCUGGCCACUGGCUACCAGUAUGCCUUCCCAGAGCUAGGGCCUGCCUUGAAGGAAGUCGUAUCGUAAGUACGGAAGCUUGUGGCAAGGGCCUGAGGCCUAUCCCUCAACAGGGGCCUCCUGGUCAGUCACUGUGAAUAGGCUCAGCUACUCCUUUACUUGAGAUCUGAAGCCAUUUGGUUCUUCAGGGUUCAUCUCCCGCUCGUCUUUCUUUCCCAUUGUUCUGUUACUCCACCUUAUUUAACUGAGAGACUGUCCAGUCUCAAGGCUGUAACCUCAUCAGGUUGGGGCCUUAACCUCUUCAACUCCUUGUAAAAGGAUUCCCCAGUUUGGCUUCUCUACAUGUGCCAAUGCUGCCCCCACUUCUCCUUUAUGCUAUAUGGAGAAUGCUCUGCAGUUUAGGCAAUAAAGAUAAAUUAUCCGACUA